AUGUCGUUUAAAGACAUGGUUGAGAGUGCAGCAGCUGCUGGUGAGUGGAAACAGGAGUUGAAAGCGACACCUGAGAGCCGUGGAGUAUGGGCAUCAGAGGAGCACCGACUUUUUGUGGAUGGCAUCAAAAUGUUCCCAUCGGGUCCUUGGAAAGACAUUGCAAACCAUGUGGGUACGCGCACGGCACGCCAGACCAUGACUCACGCGCAAAAGUAUCGUCAAAAGAUUGCGCGGCGGCUUCGCAACGUCCGUAUGAGUGGCAAACACAGUCCAACUUUUCUCAUGGAACAGUCGUCGCGCUUCAGUGCGUUGCUCUGUAGCGAUGAGCAAUUUAAUGACUCAAUUCUAGCUACAUCUCUAGCUAUUGCAGCUGAAGGCGAGUUGGAAAUGCUUGGUGAGACUGGUGAAGGCUAUGGGCAUGAUGUCGAACUCAAACGGUUUCAUGGUCCCAAGUAA